AUGUCUUUUUCAUUAGCCGAGUUGUGGCAACCUCGUGAAGGGAUGACUAUUAGAGAGUUGGGUGGUGGUCUUUAUGUGUUUCAAUUUUUUCAUGAGGUAGAUAUUCACCGUGCCCUGGAAAUGUGCCCUUGCACCUUUGAUAAUCAGAUUCUGAUUAUAGAACGUAUGUCAGGUUGUUCUACUCCUACAGAGGUCCCUCUUAAUCACAUCUAUAUUUGGCUCAAGAUCUUUGAUUUACAGACUGGGUUUCAUUCUGAAAGGGUAGCUAAAGAUAUUGGCAAUCAGGUCGGUCAGUUUAUUGCUUCAGAUGAGCGCAAUUUUACUGGGGAGUUCGACUCAUUUGUUCGAAUCCGUGUUAGAUUGGAUGUUCGGAAACCGCUGAUGCAAGGCAUCAACUUGAGAAGAACAGGUGAAGGUUGGUUUUGGGCGAGGUUUGAAUAUGAACGUUUGCCCACGUUCUGCUUGAUCUGUGGUAUCCUUGGCCACACAAAUAGAUUCUGCCCUCAACUGAUUCAUUAUCCUAUAGGACAGGCCCCUCGCAACUAUUCUCUGGACAUCCGUGCUAAACCUCGCAGAGGGGGAAUGGUGAACAAGAGCUCACGGUGGCUCCGUACGCCGGGGAGGUCUUUCCGAUCAGAAGGUAGUAGUGGUUCAGCUAUGGAAACUGAUCAAGAUUAUGCCGCUUAUCACGAGCCUAAUUUAAAUUCAAAUUCUGAAAAAGAUAAGGGAGUGGUUACUGGAGCUGCUUUAGCUAAGUCUCCUAUUUUGUCUCAACAUGCUGUUAAUUCCCAUGUACACCCAGCCAUGCAAUCUCCUACUGGGCUUACUAUUGUGGACCUGAAGCGGCGUCGUAUGGAGGAGGCAUUAAAUGAGGAGAGGGCCCAAGAUGGUGGUACCAAUGCAGGACCUGAUUCUACACUUUCAAGGGCUGCACCAAAAAAUAUGUUAUCGGCGGGUUCUGGGGUCCAGGCCCGUCGAGAGAAAUGA